ACCCUACUAUUCUUGACAUGACGUCUUUGAUUUGAAGUCUCUGUCGUCAGUUGUUACUAAUAUGUCUAAUAUGUGUCACUUCUGCUAGUUGGCUUCUGUCACUUCUGCUAAACAGUCAACAGAGCAGACAGAACUGAUGAAAAUUAUCAUAUUUACAGCAAAUUAAAAUUAUUUGAAUAAUAUGUCUCUGAUAUUCAGGUUAGCUGCUAAUAGAUGCUGUGUGAAUCAAAUUCUGGGUGACAGUAAAAAUGGACUCUCAUUUAUACGACCAGUUACUCUGAAGGCAAGAUCAGCUGAUGUUCCAAGAGAAGAAGGUCAUGAUGAAAGGAAUAUGAAAUUAGGAAGGCCACAGUCACCACAUUUAACAAUAUAUGCUCCACAAUUGACUAGCAUGUUGUCCAUAACACAUAGAUUUACAGGCAUGACUUUGUCAGCAUACACAAUUGCUCUUGGACUCACUGCUGCUGCUUCACCAGAGUUGAUUCCCAAUGCUAUAGAAAAUCUGGAAUGCUUACAACUUGGAGAACUGGCCAUCAGUGCACUGAAAUUCACAUUGGCUUUCCCUCUGACAUACCACUUCUGGAAUGGUAUUCGUCAUCUCAUUUGGGAUACUGGGAAAUUCCUUACAAUUAGAGAGGUGUAUGCUACAGGAUAUUUAAUGUUAUCACUGGCUGUGGCAUCUGCUAUAGUACUCUCAGUAUUGUGAAAUCAUCAAAAUUAUGCCAAGGAUAAUACUUGUAUGAUUUUAUUUGUUAAAUUGAAGUUGGAAUAAUCAUUAAAAAUGCUAUUUUAUAUCCAAAAUAUGUGCUUUUUUGGAUAUGUAUCAUCUGCUUAUAUUAUUUUAUUAAAUUAAUUGGAGUUGGA